AGAUGUGGAGGGAUGGAGUGGUCUACCUGCCCGCUGCGUGGCGCCACUGUGUUUCUGCUCAACGCUCGCGAGGAAAGGACUUGUCCCAAUGACGAGCAUUAGUUUACCCAACAGACAACAGUGCAGCAAAACAUCACAAGAUUCAAUAAAAACAAGGGUUAGUAAUUGAAACCUUUUUUCGUUCUUACAGACAAAGUAAAAAAAAAUUCUCUCUCUAAAAAAGAGUCCUAAAUGUGUGAGGCCAGACCUGACAACCUGGAUGUGAACAUGUAAGUUAUCCAGAAAAAGGAGGACGCCAAGAAAGACAAAAACUUGUGUGUGGUGGUUAGUGAUCACCCGAAUACAACGGGCUUCAAAUUUACAUCCGGGCAUAUUUUAAGCUCACAAAAUGGCGUAGAGCCACAGGAGGCUGGCAGCAAAGCAACUCUUACUCCUCCUCGUCUCCAUCACACGCUGGGACAUUCUUCAGGGUUCGCUUCCCACAUUCCGUGAGGAAGACAAAUACAGUGAGCCAGUCUACCUCACAGGCACGAUGCGACUCCUGGUGAUGGCAGUUCUCAGUUUUCUGGCAUUUCUGAAUGUAGAGGGAAAGGCUCAUUUGUGGAUACGGUUUAGAAGGUUCGACAACCCUGGCGGAAGGGGUGACAACGGCCACUGCUGCGACGGAAAGUUUGCCAUCUGUCCAUCAAAAUGCGAUCACAGAUUCAUUAUCUGCGUGGACUAUAAAUAUGGACGAUCAGACACGUCCAGCUGUCCUUACGGGAAAGUCGUGUCAGGGGAGAUUACUGACAAGGACAGCAUCACUUUUGAUGAUGACAUUGGUGGCAUCAAGAAUCCUAUGAUCUUUGACUUUGACUCAUGGCCGGGCCGAGUUCUACUCAAGAUCGGUGUGUGGGAUGUUGACGAUAAUGGAGAUGACUUCGUGGACUUCUUGAAACAGGACGUUGACAUCAGCCCCGCCAAGAGCAUGAGCGAGGCGACAGUCCAGCGGAUGACCAUCCGAGACCGUGUGACACUGAGAGUGGACGCCAUGGUGUUUUGUGGCCCGGAUUCCUACGGUCCCACUUGUGCUUCGACCUGCUUGGCAAAAUCGGAAUCCACGAGUGGCUAUACCUGUGACCCGGAGACAGGUCGCAAAAUAUGCAAUGAAGGGUGGACGGGCGGUGAGUGUGACAUCAGCGUCGACGAGUGCCUUGUCAACAAAUGCGAGUCAGGAUCUACCUGCGUAGACGGACACUUGGACUACACGUGUGUUUGUUCUCCCGGCUAUGCGGGUCGGUUUUGCGAGACCAACGUCAACGAGUGCCUCAGCUACCCGUGUCAGAACGAGGGCACGUGCGAGGAUCGGGUGAACGGGUACAUGUGCCAGUGCAAGGAAGGGUGGACCGGCGACACGUGCGAGGUGCGUGACGCGUGCCUGCAGGCCUUGUGUUAUCACAACGGCGUUUGCUUCAACGUCAAUCAGACCUACGUCUGCAGGUGUCCCGAGGGCUUCGCAGGCCUGACGUGCGAGAUCGACCUGGACGAGUGCGUGAGCUCCCCGUGUCUCAAUGGCGGCUGGUGCGAGAACGUGGAGGGCAGCUUUCAGUGCCACUGCUCCCCGGGGUGGAUCGGUCGGCUGUGUGAAAAGGACCUCAACGAGUGCGACUCCAGCCCGUGCGUGCAGGAACUCGAGUGCAUCAACCUGCAGAACAAUUUUUCUUGCGUGUGUUUGCCAGGCUACACGGGCAGGCUGUGCGAGCAGGACAUCGACGAGUGCAUCAACCCUCCCUGUGUUAACGGUGGAACCUGCACUAAUCUGCAGCCCAGUUAUAAGUGCAAGUGCCCCGCUGGGUUCAAAGGUCGGAACUGUGAGAAGGACGUGGAUGAGUGCGCGCUGUCUGUGUGUCGGAAGGGCAGCACGUGCAUCAACAAACCUGGAACUUUCCUCUGCCAGUGUGCAGCCAACUUCACUGGUCAGCUGUGCGAGACGCGCCUGGACACGUGCGUGAGUCAGCCUUGCCUCAACAACGGCACCUGCCUGGACCGCGGCGACGGCUUCCAGUGCGCAUGCCCCAACGAGUGGACCGGGCGCGCGUGCGAGUUGCCCUCUGACCGCUGCUACCAGUCGCCCUGCGCCAACGGAGCCACGUGCCGGGACCUGGGGCGGGGCCAAAGACGUCUGUGCUACUGUCCGGUCGGCUGGGAGGGCGAGUUCUGCGAGAAGGACCGCAACGAAUGCGAGGCGCCACCCUGCGACAACGGCGGAACUUGCGUCAACACGCCCGGCAGCUUCUUCUGCGCAUGCCUGAAGGGCUGGAGGGGGCCGCUGUGCCAGGCCGACGUCAACGAGUGCCUGGACUUCAGGCAGAUGUCGGAAGAAACGCUAGAUUCCAACAGCGACCUCUGGCGGAAGAAUGGUGAGGACCAGAAUCUCGACAACAGGACGUUGAGCAGGGAGACCAUGGAGCCUAUCUGCAAGAACGGCGGGACGUGUGAGAACGUGGAUGGCGGCUUCAUGUGUCAGUGCAGGGAAGGUUGGUUGGGUCCCCGGUGUGAGGACGACGUGGACGAGUGCCUCACUCAGCCAUGUCGGAAUGGAGGCCAGUGUCGUAACUACGUUGGCGGCUUCAACUGCUCGUGCCCUGACACGUGGACAGGAAAGGUAUGCGAGACGGACGUGGAUGAGUGCAGUGGUCUGCCGUGUCCCGGGCACACCGAGUGCCUCAACACCCCGGGUGGCUACAGCUGCGUGUGUCCGUGCGGCCUGAAGGGUGAGGGGUGCGCCGAGGACAUGGAUGAGUGCCAAGGGGAGGUGUCGGUCAUGGGCUACGGCAUUCAGGACAAGUCCUGCGUCGGAGGGUUCUCCCUGCAAUGUCCUCCCGGCAGCCCCUGCGAGAGGGGACGCAUGCCCUGCAAAAACAAAGCCACCUGCGAGAACACUUUCGGCGCCUUUGUGUGCCGCUGCACUGCGGGUUGGUCCGGGCUCACGUGCGAGGUGGACAUUGACGAGUGCAGCGAUGAAACCGACCCAGGGAAAUUCCUCAACACAUCUUCCUCUCCUGUUGGGACCUGGGACGGCUUCACGGCUACUACAGUUUCCCAGAAUGCAUCAAGAAACAUGGCGAACGUGACGAUGAAUUCAGAGACUAGUUCGCCAGGGAUGACGAUCUCACCCUGUCGUAACGGCGGGGUGUGCCAGAACCUCCCGGGGACCUUUGCCUGCCUGUGCCCACCGGACUGGACAGGCAGAAUCUGCGAGGAUGACCUGAACGAAUGCCUCGCCAGCCCUUGUCGGAACGGUGGAACAUGUCUGAACCAGGUUCCUGGGUAUGUCUGUAUCUGCCCACCCUCGUAUUCGGGGCGACUGUGCGAAGCGGAAACAGAGACUUGUGACAGUGGUGUGUGUCAGAACAACGCCACGUGCAUCGCCAGGGACGCGCAGUCGGGUGGGGGCGUGCAGUGCAUCUGCACCCGAGGCUGGCAAGGCCCGCAUUGCGACCUUGACCGGGAUGAGUGUCUUCUGCAGCCAUGUUGGAAGAACGGUUUGUGUGUCAACGAAGAAGGCAGCUUCCGGUGUCAGUGCCCGGGGAAUAAGUGCGGCAGUGAUACGGUGCCGAGUCCAGCUACCAGUUUACCUCUGUGGUUCAAUGGUAACGUGGGGUCCAGCGAGAUUCUCGUCAUCCAUGCAGGGAUCAACCGGUUUCUGGAGGAUUAUGGAGGAUUCCGGAAGGACGUGACCGUUAGCACCAACCUACAGACGCAGGGAGGCUACGACAAGGAGGGAAAUGAAAUAACCGAGCUUUCCAUCAACAUCACUGUGGAGAAUGUCACCCUAAGCAAUGAGGAGGUUUUGGAGAUCAUGAAUCGAGCUCCUCCGGCACAUCUUGAGAGUUACCUCCCUUUGCCGCUAUACAUGGGAAGAAUGGGGAAGCAUCGGACGAGUCCCAGGGGUCAGUUGUUCAGGGGCCGGUGGUACCGUGGUACGGUUACCUGGCGAUGGUGGGGCUCGCUGCCUGUGCCGGUCUCAUCAUUGCGGUCGUCUGCCUCAAGCGUGUAAGGUUGUCCUGGCCCAGGAAGAGAUCAGACACCUCCAUCAUGUUCAUGAGGAACGGCGUGCACGGUUCAGGCUUCGACACGACCGUCGAUGUCGACGGCUUUGCUGUAGGUAGAGAUGCCCCCGAAAUGGAGUCAG